AUGAAAUAAUUUCAAAAAGUGAUACUUUUAAUUCAUGAAGUUGAAACUUUUAUAAAAACAAAUCAUUACAACAUAUCUUCUGAUAUGUUACCACAUUUUAUUAAUUAUUUUUCCAAAAAUUUAAAUAGUUACAUUUUAAAAUCAAAUGAAAUUAAAAGAAUACUAGACAUUUUAUUAAUCUAUUAUUUUAAAAUUUCUGCUUUAUUUGCUUUAAAAAAAGAUUUUUAACCUGAAAUUUCAAAGCUGAUUGAAGGUUUAAAAAAAAGCAGUGCAUAGAUAAGAAUUAUGUUUCGAUAAUUAAGCUUAAAUAUAAAGCUUGAGAAUUUAUCAGAGAUUGAAUAACAUAUCAUUUUAAAGCGAAGAAUCAAACAAAGAAAUGAUGGAUAAUCAUCGAUUAGUUCCUUUGAAAGAUUAAAUUUAAUAAAUACUUUGAGAAAAAAUCAGGAUUAUAUCCUAAUAUUAAUAUAAUAUCAAACGUAAUUGCAAAGGUAUCUAAAUCAAUUCCAAGCUAUAUAGGCUAUUUAAUAAUAUUUCAACAAAAACUUUCUUCUUGCUGCUAUUCAUUACUCAGAUAUUAUAUAAAGUUAAGAACUUCUCAUCUCUCGUGACCCAACUCCAAAUCUUUUGGAUAUUCCUCUUGAUCACAGUCCUGGUUUAAUUAACCUUGAACAAUCAUCCCCAAUUGAUGAUGAUCGGUAUAUAAGCGAUGAUCUUGAUACCAAGAUUGAAGUAUUGACGGAAGGCGAUAAAUUAUAUCUGACCUAACUGAUCUAUUUUAAGUUUUUAUAGAUGAUAAAUUUAUAUGACAGUAAAAAUGAACGUUUUCAGGAUUAUUAUAAAGAAUUUUAAGAAGUAGAGGGUGUAUAUGAAUCAAUUUAUACUUUUUAUUUAAAUCAAUUAAAACUAUUAAAAUAAGAGAAAAGCUCAAAAAAUGAGNCAAUUCUGACAGAUUUUGAAAAUUAUUAAAUUUCUCUACAAUAUGAAACCAGCAAUAUGUUGAAAAAGUGCACUUUGUAUUGGUUUUUUUAACUUUUUUCUUUGAUGAUAGUGUGUUUUCUUCACAGUCCAUUUAGCUUAUAUUGUGAAGAGGAAAAUAAUAGGUUUAAUACUUGUUUGGAACGAAAAUUUGUUGCAUAUGUUAUAAAAUUUAGAUUAUAAACGAAUUAAAAUAUUAAGCUAAAGUUUUAAUAGUUAACUUAAAUUUUAUAAAAAUAAAGCAUCUUUGAAGUUGAGAAGACUUAAGUCUAUUGA